UCGUACGCAAGUGCGUUCAAGAUGCAUUUUCUAAGAUAUGCAUUUAGUGUCAGUGUAGUAGUGCUUUGUUAUUUACAAAUAGCAAGUUCUGAAAGAGAAGCUGCAGAAAUAAAGAAAAUAUUCUCACAAUGCAAAACUAAGUCACCCGAUUUCGACGCAUGUAUGAAACGUGUCUUCAACAAACUGCGACCUUAUUUCAAAAGAGGAAUCCCAGAAAUGGGCGUAGCGCCUUUCGAUCCUCAUUUUGCGAAAGAAGUAGAACAAGUUCGAUCAAUUUUCGGAAUGAAAUAUAAGCUUACCUUACACGAUGUAUUUGAAAGAGGUUGGACAAAGUCUACAGUUACUAAAUAUAAAACUGACUGGGCUAAUCAGCGUAUAAUCUACUCUCAAUAUUUUCCUGAAAAGUGGUUAGAAGGAAAUUAUGAAUUCAAGGGUGAUAUGUUAGGACUAGCAGUGGAACGCAUCGGCCAUUGGAACCUAACUCUUCGUGACUACUCACAAACUACCCGCAUCAAGCGCAGCGGCAGCGGCGUGGACGUCAAUGUAGAGGUAGACCAUAUCGGCGAUAUGGAGAUACACGUUGGAAACUUGCUUCGAGGCAGAAGCGUCAUGGAACAAAUUCUCGAUCGCAUAAUAAACGCAACAUGGAAGCCAGGCUUCGCAGUGAUCCGUCCGUUAAUCAACGACCUUGUGAGCACAGCCUUCACCGACAUCUGGAGCAAGUCCUUUAAGGACUUCCCAGUACAAGAGUUCAUUCAAGAAUAAGUUAAGAUAUCCUGCGUAAAAAUUGUACCAGAGUCUAAAUAAUUUUAUGUAGCGAUCAAAGAUUUCUUUAAUGGAGAAAAGACCAAAUGUGUGAAAAUUACUAAAGGGCUAUUUCAAAGGUUGCUCAAAAAGUUUAUCAUUAUAAUAAGUCACCGAUUAGUUUUAUCAGCAGGAGAUAAGACCGUCAAGACUCGAUUCAUAAUUGCAACUUUUGGUUCACUAGUUAUAUCUGAUCAUGAAAAACAGCUUUACUGGCAAACACGGAAAUACGAUCUAAAUAAUAUGUCGAAUAAGUUUCAUAGUUUUUUUUCAUAAUUCAUUAAUUGCUGCAUAAUAGUCCGCAUUUGUUUGUAAAAUAGAAUUGUAAAGGUAAAUGAUAAUAAUUUUUAAGUUUCACAAACUAGUCUGUAGAUGUAUAUUAUUGUUAUGAGGGAAAUAAAAGA